AUGCCACUACAGAUCUCCAUUUACUUGUACGACGACAACCAUGUAUCUGAAGGCACUAUCGUUGUGGAAGUCGCGGAUGAUGCUUUGUGUGGUCAUGUAAAGGAAACAUUGGCCGCCAAAAAGCAGAUCUCUGAGGAGAGUAUAUUGCUGUGGAAGCCACGCGAACAUAUAAAUCCGAUUCGUGUAGGGUCCGCUGACCUGCGGAGCCGUCUGCUGGAUAACGAUUGUCGACUGGACAAGUUCUGUGACCAAAUAAUAGACACGGAAUUAGUCUGCGAUGUGUUGCUCACGAGUGAUAACCAUCGUCAGGAAAUGAUGACCGCCUUUGUUGCUGACAUUACUCCUAUGGAACGAACAACGACAUUGCGACAAGGCGAGCUCGCAGAGCAACAUGAUGUCCUUCAGGUGCUGGGUAAAGGUGCGUCUGUCUUCGCUAUCCUGAAACAUGAUCUGACUAAUUAUGCACAUGCAAUGCUCGACAUCGUCUUCAAAAAUGUACGUGGCGGCAUGGCUCCAUCCAAAAGCGCCAAAUCAACUGACUACUUCAACUACCAACGCGGCGUCACACCAAUCCUCGACGGUCGUUAUGCUCUGCAGCGCACACCAAUCCCUCCUCCGAUCGAGCUCUAUCAUCGCAUCUUUGCUUACUUCCAGGCUUGCAUCCGCGACGAAUCCCUGCACAUUCCAGUUCACGUCCAACUCACAGUAGAGCCCCUCUCAAAUAUCGACCGAAGAUUUCCCGUGUCAGGGUUCGACAGGAAUCUUUUGCUGCAACUCAACCGUCCAGUUUUAAAAAAGCUCAACCGCAACAAGACGAAUUCAGCCCACAUCUUGCAAUUCCGACGUAGAUCCCCUCCCACGGUAGCGGCUGGUGUCAUAUGA